AUGAAAGAAUCUAGUGGUGUGCAACCGGGUAGCAAGGCGGCAGAGAUUGUGCAGACGCCUGUAGGUAGGCUUGGGCUGGAAAUAUGCUACGAUAUAAGAUUUCCUGAGCAAUCCUUAGAGCUGCGGUCCAAAGGUGCUGACAUUUUAUGCUUCCCGAGUGCUUUCACGAUGAAAACCGGAGAAGCUCAUUGGCAGUUACUGGGGAGAGCUCGUGCUGUUGAUACUCAGUGUUUUGUUGUCAUGCCAGCCCAAAGCGGGAAGCACGAUACGGGAUCUGGCGCCGACUCUUCACAAGACUAUGUCGAACGCAUCUCGUGGGGUCAUUCGAUGGUUAUCGACCCUUGGGGGCGGAUUAUCGCACAAUCAGGUUGUAACGGUGAAGAAUUGAUUAUCGCUGACUUAGAUUACACAGUACUUGAGAAAGUAAGGGCCGAUAUGCCCUUGUGGGAACAGCGUUCGGCUGCCGCUAAGGCGGCUGACCAACGCGCAAAAUAG